AUUAGGCCUAUUUUGAUAUAUUGCUGCAAUUUUGUCAUUGCGAAUUCGACCGAAAAUGAGUAUCACAGACCGAUAUUGGCAAGCAUCGACUAUAACAGCAGCAUUCUCCUUCUUCUCUCGCCUCUUUCGUUCCACGUCAUGACUUGUGUCACCCACCAAGUCCUGUGUUCUAUGUCCUAUACCUGGACCAUUUGUUCCUUCUUGCAGUUGGUGCUUGAUGCGUGACUUGAGCGAUGGUUUCUAACUAUAUUUCUCUCUACCGUCAAACACUGGCAGAACGACAACGACGAUAUAAUGCAGCAAUUGGUUCAAAAGAAUUCACGCCAUUCCUCUACCCAUGGGAUGCCUUACCAUCAGCAUACCUUCUUCUUGCACUGCUCAUUGCUCCCCGACUACCUCGAAAGCAAGCAGUGUUCGUCAGGCUCAUAGCAUUCCUCCUGACUUUGACACACAGCCUCUAUCUCUUCACUCACCGUCGGACAAUAUGGUUGGCCGGUGGCUACGGCAUCGGCUUGAUUAAUCAAUGGGGCAUUAUCAUGGCAGCAGCUUUACUCCUCUUCAAUGAUCCCGCACAGAGCUUUCGACGGCUGGAAACUCGAUCACCAAGACUAGAGAACGGGCAUUCUCAGCCCAACGGUGGUUCUAGAACUCCAACUUCUGCAGACGGCACGGCAGAAGUAGACUUGAGGAAGCGCCGAGUGCCGGGCAUCUACACUUCUACCAACGUGAAGCAGGUUACAUUUCCUGGUUCUACUCAACCUGCAACACGACCCUAUGAUUUAGUAUGGCAAGGAUUCCCUCACGGCAAAGGCGUACUUCAUGCUGUCGACUGGGUGGCGGACCUCGUGACCAGCUUUCGAGGACCCAAUUGGGGACAUCGUAUCCCAACGCUGGGAGGUAUUGAUGGUCCUGUACCCCGUGAUUCUUCAGCGCGGCACUCCAAAUGCGACAGACGAAGCAAAACCACAGCAGUGCCCAAGAAGACUCUGCAAGCUCUGCGAGGCCAGGCUAUUCGGGAUUUUGUUGUUGGCUACCUUUUGCUUGAUCUUCUGAAAACAACAAUGAUCACUGAUCCGUAUUUCCUGGGAGUAGUAUCCCUCGACUCGCCGACCCUAUGGCCGUGGCUAUCCGCAGUCAACGAAACGAUGCCUAUUGCUACGCGCCUUGUGCGACUGUUCAUGUCGAUAUCCGGAGUUAUCAGUGCACUUACUCUGAUCUUCAGUCUGAGUCCCUUGUUCUUCGCAUUCAUCCUACCUUCUCUAGUGGACGUUUCACAUUUGACAAAGUCUCCUCUUCUGGAACCUUGGAUGUACGCCCCUUUUUGGUACCCGCUCACAACUUCAGUGUUGCAUACAGGGCUGGCGGGAUUUUGGGGUAAAUUUUGGCACCAAAUGUUUAGAUUUGGCAUCUCCGAACCUGCCCGCUUCGUCAUAGAAGGAACGGGCAUUGAUAAACGUGGUAACACAGCCCGAAUGAUCCAGCUCUUGGUUGCCUUUGGCUUGUCAGGAUCGAUACAUGCUGCUGGCAGCUACACAACGUUUUCAAUCAUCCCGUCACGACCCUUCUCGGGGCCGCUAUUGUUCUUCCUCAGUCAGGGAAUUGGGAUCUACCUACAGUCACUGUCCGUAAAGGCUGUUUACAAGUAUGUUCCUCACGCAGAAAGAGUGCCUCUGGCAGUCAGAGAAGUAGGGAACCUGCUAUAUGUCAUGGUCUACCUCUUCUUCACCGGACCCCUCCUAGCCGAUGACUUUGCGAGAUGUGGUUUGUGGUUGUUCGAACCCGUCCCAAUCAGUUUUCUUCGGGGACUUGGAUUUGGACCUGGAGGCAAGGACGAGGGAUGGUGGGCAUGGUACCAAGAAGGCUCAAAGACGCUUGGAUGGUAUGAGGGGGACAGAUGGUGGACGACCGGCGUGGCGAUAUAUUAGAGGAGUACUCGUCGUGGACCUGUGUCACUGCAAAGUAGAUAGAACAGAAAGGCAUUGAGUAUCACAUGUGAAGCAGCCGACAAG